AUUAACUCAUUGGUAUUGGUAUGGAAUCCAAGCAGCGGUUCCAGGAUCAAUGAGAAGGAUGUGUUGGAAGGCCUCCAGCCUCACCCUAACAUACGAAGCUUAGAGAUUGAGAACUAUAAAGGUGAUGAAUUCCCACCAUGGCUUUUAAAACUCAAUAAUUUGGUGGUGCUGAAAUUGGAAGGCCAUUUUCCUCAUCUUGAAAUUCUUGAGUUGGAAGAAUUGGAUAGUUUAAGUUAUAUCGUCAGUGGAUUUAGAACAAUGGCUGCAGCUUUGUGUCCAGCUUUAAAAAGAGUGUCUCUAAAGCACAUGAAUAAUCUAAUGGAAUGGAAAGUACCUGAAGCAGCAGCUGGUGGAAUGGAAGUAGCAUUUCCUUGCCUUGAAGAGUUGGAAUUUAAUAGGUGUCCGAAGUUGAAAAGAAUUCCAACUAUGAGGCAUUUUUCAUCAAAACUCGUAAGAUUGACAAUCAGAGACUGUGAUGCAUUGAGUCAUAUAUCUGGUGGAGUACAGGCACUAUUUCCUCUUCUCGAAGAGUUGUACAUUGAACGUUGCAGGGAGUUGAAAAGCAUCCCAUCAAUGAGCCAUCUCUCAUCAAAACUUUUAAGAUUGACAAUCAGACACUGUGAUGCAUUGAGUGAUAUGUCUGGCGAAUUUCAAGCCUCUAUGACAUCUUUUAAAUAUUUAACCAUAGAGUAUUGUUCCAAUCUGGCAUCCAUUCCAAGCCUUCAAAACUGCACAGCUCUGAAGGUAUUGUCUAUUUCUAAGUGCUCUAAGGUGGUGCCUAUUAUUCUAGAAUUGCAUUCUCUUAGAAGUGUAUCCAUCCGUUCGUGUGAAGAAGCAUGUGUUCGAAUUAGGUGGCCACUAUCCUGCGCAAAUCUGGAGGAUUUGAAAAUAGAGCACUGCAGGGAGCUUAUCUUUGAUGAUGAUUUACAUGGAGGAGAAUUGUUGCCUUCUUCUUGUCUUCAAUCACUAGUCAUUAUGCGUUGUGAAUACUUGAAGUCUGUUCCUGAUGGUUUAGAAAGAAGACUGCAUUCUCUUGUUCGAUUAGAUAUCAGUGGGUGUCCGAAUUUAAGUCAUAUUCCGGAAGAAUUCUUUCGCGGCCUCAACCAAUUGGAGGUAUUGCACAUUGGUGGUUUCUCAGAGGAAUUGGAGGCAUUUCCUGGAAUGAAUUCAAUCCACCACCUGAGUGGUUCCCUCAAAGAGCUAAAGAUAAUUGGAUGGAAGAAACUGAAGUGUCUACCAAAUCAACUUCAACACCUCAUCUCCCUUACGAAAUUAAAGAUCUAUGGUUUCAACGGAGAGGAAUUUGCGGAAGCUUUGCCACAUUGGUUAGCCAACCUUUCUUCUCUUCAAGAGCUUACAAUUUCGGAAUGUCAGAAUCUCAAGUAUCUUCCAAGUUCAACUGCCAUGCAACGCCUCUCCAAAUUAACACUUCUGAACAUUAGGAGUUGUCCGCAUCUUGAUCGAAAUUGCUUAAAGGGCAGCGGGUCUGAGCGGUCCACGAUUUCUCAUAUCCCAAGUAGCAAUAUAGGAGUAGAGCGCAACUCCUCCAAAAAUAAAUAGCAAGUGAGGGAGCACAAUCUUAAUAUCAGUUGUAUCAGGUCGGCUCUUCACUUUCGAACUUUUUGGGUUUACAUGGACUUAACCCAUCAGGAGACGGCGAUCCGGUACAAAAGAGACAAGGUCUCCGUGCUGCACAGCCAGCCCCCGCUUUGACUUCUGACAAGUAUUUGGUUGUUUGCAUCUUUUUAUGUAAUUAUAUUUUCAGGGUUGAUGUUUCUCCCGAUUUGGAGUCCUGGCAGGAGCAGCAGUGGAUCAAGAAAGACUCAAUUGUGCAUCUCUCUGACAUUUUAAGGAAACAUCUCCUCCUCCACAAAGGUUUAAUCAUUUGUGAGUGUUUUGGCAAUUGAGAUGAACUAUACAGUGGAUUUGGUUGAGUAGAUCAUGGAAAACCAGAGUAGAUGCACUGCUCUAUUUUUUCUGUCAUGGUUUCCUAGCCCAACCAAGUGAAAGGAUUUCGAGACAGCAAGGACAAAUGGUGAAAUAUAGAGGACCGGAUAAAGAAGCAGGCUAGAACAUGAAAUGCUUUUGAAUAUGUGAGCUUGGGAAAAGGUUAAGGGGGAAAAGUCUUCUUGAGUUUGUUAGACAAUUAUUCAACAUUACUGUUUAUCAGUGCAAAGAGAUGCAUGAAAUGCAUUUGGUUACCGUUGUGAGACUUAAAGUUGGUGAUUCACAGGAAUUAAUCUUAUUUAGGGAUUGGAGCGGAGAUGGGGACUCCAUUAACUCACUGAGGUAUUUGGCAUCGCAGAUAGUGUCAGGUUUCUCUAUGAGAUUAUUAACCAUCCAAUCCCUUGUGUUGAAGUUGAUGCAACAUGGUCUCCCAGCAAACAAACCAGCCCCUGGAGUUGACUGAAGGACUGCACCGCAACAGCACAUGGUAUUUGCUGAAGUGAAGGAUCUUCAUGUUGAUAAAAUUGCAUUAGAAGCCAACGCUGAUCAUCACUGGGAAGGUUGCACAUUUAGUGUUAAAAUGUGUCUUGAAUUUUUCAGAGACCACAUUAAAAGUGAGCCAGUCGAGUUGGAACUUUGUUUGCUUCUACAUGAACCCUAAACGCCUAGGUGCAUGCUUGGAACAAAGAAAUACUGCAACUAUCAAAUGCAAGAUGAGAAGGUGAAGCUGAAAUACAGUAACCAGAAGCUCUCACAUAUACAGCACACUCCUUAGCCACUCCCUUCUCUUUUUGUGUCUUUUUAUUUAUUUAUUUAUUAUUAUUAUUAUUAAGGGUUAUUGGGUUUUUCAUGUGUUGGCCUUUAGUUCAUUAUCUUUGUCUGGUUUUCAUGGUUUGCAAGGAAAUGUGAUGUGGGGUUAUGUUGGUUCUUGGUUUUUGAAGCAUUUUGGUACAGUUUGAAAUGUUGUUUUGUCCAUUGACAUGGUUAGAAUGGAAAAUUUGCUUGGUCGAAUUGUUAAUUUUUGUGUUAAAUUGCUUUGUGGUUAUAAUAAAUUGAAGUGUUGAUUAUGCUCAUAUUGAACUUGGUCUUGAUUGUAUUUACUUGACUGGUUUCUUGAAUUGGACAAAAAUAAAAAUUCACUGAAACUGCUGUAGAAGUUGGUUGAGGGUCUUUGAUUAUUUACAAUAUAUACUGACAAUUGAGCAGGUUAAGAGUGAUAUAAUUCUAGUUUAAGAAACCAUAUGUAAAGGGAAGUUAUAUUAUGGAGGAUGCUUUUUAACUGGCUAAUGGAUGUGUUCUCUUUUUGUUGGGAGUUUGUGACAUAAUAUUUUGAGUUUUUAAGGUAAAGAAGUAACCCCAUUUGUAGAAAGCUCACCGAAACAACUUAGGUUGAGCUAGUGGGUGACAUAUGUUACAUUUCACGAUUCAAAUGUCUUAUGAUUUGUUUAUUGCAGUAAGCUUGCAGGUGAUACAAUUCGUGAAGCUGUUACAACUAUCAAAAAUGGUGUGAAAGACAAACCACCCAAGUUUGUUUAGACCAUUGAGCUACAGAUUGGUUUGAAAAACUAUGACCCCCAGAAGGACAAGAGGUUCAGUUGCUCUUUAACAAAGGUUAUGGAUCAUUUUCAUAAGCUGAGGGGUUUUUCUAAUCACACAUUUAGGCUUGCCUUUUGGCUUUCUAUGCAUAAGGAUUUCCAAGAUUUUUCUUUGGAAGAUGCAUAUGCUAAUUAUGGCAUUCAACCCUUAGGUUCCCUACUACUGAUUUUAACAUAUUUCAGUCAUCUGUCUCACCAGAUUGUCGUACCUUCUGUUUCAUUUCUAAAAAUUGGCAGGCACUUGAUCUUCAGCAGUGAUGUUAGAUGAAGAUUCGGUGCAAUCUCUUUAACAAAGAUAAGGGGAAGAUACAUGAAUAGCUCAAAUCUUUUUCUGAAGCAGAGUAGUGAGACUUGAAGGAGGUACUCUACUGGAUUCUCGCCAACAGCAUGGAAUUCAAGUUAAAUCUAUUCCAGUCCUUCACCUGAUUUGAAGUCCUGGAAGGAGCAGCAAUCGAUCAAGACACCGUCAAUAUGUGCAUCUCUCUGACAUUCCAAGGAAAUGUCUCUGCCUGCAGAAGGGUUUAAUCAUUUGGGGGUGUUUGGAUUGUCUUUUCUUCCAAUAAGAUUCUGAAGAACAGUUUGGAAGCUGCUGGUAGAGCAAAUGGUGGAAGAUGAUCUUUUAUGGUGAUACUUUAUGAGAUGGAUUACUAGCCCAACCAAGUGAAAGCAUUUCGAGGCCAGCAUCGACAAGGGGAAAAGUCUGAUGAAGGGGACUCGGACUAGAUAAUGCGAGAGCAGCUUUUUUUAGGGUUAGCUGAAAGACAGGCUAGAACCGGAUGUCAAAGAAGCCCCAAAAUCAGGGCCACUUUAACAAAUAUGGACAUACGUGCAAUGCCUUCGAGUUUUGCUGAAGCAGGAGUUGCUAUUGUGGGAUUUUGUGGAAAAUGACAUAAUGCUUCCAAGUAAUUCUAGCAACUCAGAGAUUCAGUUCAAUCUAUGCGAUGGAGGAUUUGCUGCUGUUAUUUGGAACAACUUCUGAUUCGGAUGCUCACUAUACUAAUUUUUUUACAUAAGAACCAGGAAAAAUAGGCCCGGGUUCAUGCACAGAGGCUCAUUGCUUCAUUUGAGCAGCUCAGUUUCAAGUGAGUUACAGAGACUCUUCUCCGUUCAAUCUCCGAAUAUGCCUUUAGUUUGAGAGCUGAGACACUGUACUUUGCGAGCUUGAGGCCUUGUGGACAGAAACAAAUAAAACAUUAUAAAUGGUAAGCUGUGCUACGAACAUCAUUUUUUAUUCUGUAUAGAUUCGGAGAAAAACAUUGGUGGGGUUUUUUUUUUUUUAUGUACUUUUAACUCAUCUAAAAUAUAUACUUUCUUGUCACUA